AUGGAAACAUACACCAUGGCUCCUACCUCGUUCGCAUACUAUCCCUCGGACGUAUCGCAACGACAACACACCCACUACCCCAACCACGCAUCGGAGAUGCAGCCCUACUAUGGUCAGAUGCAGUACCCUCAACACCCUCAGCAGCAAGCACACGGUCUUCCCGAUCAACACUACCAGCCCACGAUGAACAUGCACCAAAUGGCGACCGCCAACGCCUUCCGGGGGACCAUGAACAUGACCCCCAUCGCCUCGCCGCAACCAUCCAACCUCAAGCCCACCAUUGUCGUCCAGCCAGGAUCGUCGGCUCUCAUGCCGCUCGACACCAGGUUUGUGAGCACUGAUUUCUAUGGUUUCCCCUCAACCCCACCGCUCUCCGCCUCCGGAAGCUCCAUCAGUAGCCCACCCUCGACCAGUGGUGCGCAACACACCCCGAUUUCGGACACCUUUUUCGCUUUUGAGAAGGUGGAGGGUGUCAAGGAAGGUUGUGAGGGCGAUGUCCACACCGAGAUCCUGGCCAAUGCCGAUUGGACGCGGUCGGACUCUCCUCCGAUGACUCCAGUGUUUAUCCACCCGCCCUCGCUCACCGCCAGCCAGAGCUCCGACUUGCUUUCGGCCAACAGCUCGUGCCCAUCUCUUUCGCCGUCGCCGUCGCCCGUGUCGUCGAGCUUUGAUCCCCAGGCUCAAGCUGGUCUGGUCGCUCAGUCGCAGUCUGCUCUGCCGGUGGAACCUGCCACCACCCACUUCUGUGACCCUCGGGAGUUGACCGUCGAGUCGACGAUCGCCGGCUCGGCAUCGGACCUGCCCCCAUUGCCGACCCUCUCUUGUGAGGAGGAGGACCCCAAGUCUGCUCUGGAUGGUGCUGCCGCUGUGACCCUGCCUGUCCAUGAGAACUCUUCUCCUACCUUCACCAGCUCCACCGAGGACCCUCUGACCUCGCUUCCGACCUUUGACAGCUUCUCUGACCUCGACUCUGAGGAUGAGUUUGUCAACCGUCUGGUUGACUUCCACCCCAGCAACAACGCCUACUUCGUUGGUGACAAGCGCCAGCGUGUUGGUGCUUACAGCUUCGAGGAGGAUGGCUUCCUCAGUGAGCACAGCCUGGAAGACGAGGAUGUCGCGCACGCUGGCUUCCUUGACGGUGCUGACGUGACUGGCGCUCAUGCUCAUGCUCACGCCCACGCUCACGUCUGCGAAAAGUCUGAGGAGGUGAGCAACAAGAAGCAGCGGACCAACUCCCGCAAGCCUAUCAAGCGCAGCAACUCCACCCAGAGCGAGUCGGACGACAAGAAGGCUCAGGCCGCUGUCAACGCUCAGCCUGCCGCCGAGGCCCGCCCGGUCGCGGACGCUGCUGAUGCUGGUGCUGCCCCCGUCUCGGUCAACCGCCGGGGUCGCAAGCAGUCCCUCACUGACGACCCGUCCAAGACCUUCGUCUGCUCUCUCUGCUCGCGUCGCUUCCGUCGCCAAGAGCACCUGAAACGUCACUACCGCUCUCUGCACACCCAGGACAAGCCCUUCGAGUGCAACGAGUGUGGCAAGAAGUUCUCCCGCAGCGACAACCUCGCCCAGCACGCUCGGACUCACGGUGGCCAGUCGGUUGUCAUGGGUACCAUGGACUCCAACGAUGCGGCUGCUCACUACCAUGACCCGAAUGCACUGGGCGCGGUCCUGUACGAAGCAGCGACCGCCAGCGACUCUUCUGACGCUGGUUCCUCGGGACGCAACUCGCAGAAGAAGCGCAAGCGCGAUGACCAGUAA